GGAGCCCCCUGCCCCGCUGCCCGGGGGCAGAGCCGGGACGGCAGAGCCGGGGCUGCUCCCGCCCGCCUGGAAAGGUCACUCGGGGCCUCCCGACCUGCCUCCGCGGCUGCCGCCCGACACGGGCUGCCUCGGGUGGGGGCAGGAGCUCGGAGGAGCCGGGGAGGGCGAGAGCGAGAGGGUCGGAGCCGGCCCCUGAGGGAGCGGCUGGGGAGGCGGCCGCCGCCGGAGGGGCUGCCCGCGGCCUGCCCGUGCCACUGCCGCUCCUUACUCGGGACAUGAACUUGAUUGACAUCCUUUGGAAGCAAGAUAUAGACCUUGGGGUAAGGCGUGAAGUUUUUGAUUUUAGUCAACGACAGAAGGAGUAUGAACUUGAGAAACAGAAGAAACUUGAAAAGGAAAGACAAGAGCAGCUCCAAAAAGAGCAGGAGAAAGCCCUACUGGCUCAGCUGGAAUUAGACGAAGAGACAGGUGAAUUGGUUCCAGUUCAGCCAGCUCAGCGUGGUCAGUCAGAAAAUACUGAGCCACCAAUCAAUUUUUCGCAGAGUACACAGACUUCAAAGCCAGAAGCAGAGGCCCUGUCCUUUGAUGACUGCAUGCAGCUCUUGGCAGAAGCAUUCCCGUUUAUAGAUGACAAUGAGGCUUCUGCAGCUGCAUUUCAGUCACUGGUUCCAGCACAGAUUGAUAGAAACCCGGUCUUAAUUUCCUCUGAUGAAACUCAGCCACCUGAAUCACCAGUUCUUGUUCCACUUACUGAUGCAGAGAAUAUGCAGAAUAUAGAGGAAGUUUGGGAAGAAUUAUUGUCCCUUCCAGAGUUACAGUGUCUUAACAUUGAAAAUGACAACCUGGCUGAGGUAAGCACAAUCAUAAGCCCUGGAACCAAGCCACCAGAGAUGCACAACAGCUAUAGUUACUACAGCUCAUUACCCAUCAUGAGAAAGGAUGUUAACUGCGGUCCAGAUUUCCUGGAUACUGUUGAGGGCCCCUUUUCCAGCAUUUUGCCACCAGAAGACACCAGCCAGCUCAGUGUGAACUCUUUAAAUGAUAUGUCCCCUUCAAACUCUGAUUUCUGUGAGGAUUUCUACAGCACCUUUAUUCAUACCAAGGCGAAUGGUGACACAGCAACCACGAACAGUAUCAGUCAAUCACUUGCGGAAAUUCUAAGUGAACCUAUUGAUCUUUCUGAUUUCUCGCUGUGUAAAGCUUUUAAUGGCAGCCACUCAGGAACUGUACCAGAAUGUAACGAUUCUGACUCUGGUAUUUCAUUGAAUGCCAGUUCUAGUGUAGCAUCACCUGAACACUCUGUUGAAUCAUCUGCCUAUGGAGAUAAGACUUUUGGUUGUAGUGAUUCGGAAAUGGAAGACACGGAUAGUGCCCCUGGAAGUGUGCCGCAGAGCAAUGCUAGCGUGUACUCAUUGCAGUUCCAGGAUCAAGUGUUUUCUUCCACGGGGCCAAGUGCUCUAACACCAAGUUUGCAAUGUAUAAACACACCAAAGAAAGAACCCCCUGCCCAUCCAGGCCACCCCAAAGCUCCGUUCACAAAAGAUAAACCUUCAAGCCGCCUUGAAGCUCAUCUCACAAGAGAUGAGCAAAGAGCAAAAGCUCUGCAGAUCCCUUUUCCUGUUGAAAAAAUCAUCAAUCUCCCCGUUGAUGACUUCAAUGAAAUGAUGUCUAAGGAGCAGUUCAAUGAAGCUCAGCUUGCACUUAUUCGAGAUAUACGGAGGAGAGGCAAGAACAAAGUAGCUGCUCAAAAUUGCCGUAAAAGAAAACUGGAAAAUAUAGUGGAACUGAAGCAAGACUUGAGUAACCUAAAAGAUGAGAGAGAGAAAUUGCUUAAGGAAAAAGGAGAGCAUGACAAAAGCCUUCGUCAAAUGAAAAAGCAACUAACCACCUUAUACCUUGAGGUCUUCAGCAUGCUACGUGAUGAGGAUGGAAAGUCUUACUCUCCUAGUGAAUAUUCACUGCAGCAAACUAGAGAUGGCAAUGUUUUUCUUGUUCCUAAAAGCAAGAAGUCAGAGACUAAGUUUUGAAGGGCAGCACAGCUGCCUGCUGUUCUCCAAGUUAUUUUUGUAUCAUUAUCCUGAUAGUUUUACUGUGAGGUGGAAUGCAGAAUGAGGUAAUAUUUUUCAAAUAAUUCUAUGCAAUGAUAAUUUUGAAGUUAAUAAUUAGCUUAUGGAAGAUGCAAGUUUAAAACUAAUAGUGUAACUAACGUAUGCAAAAUUUGUAAUCUCACUUUUAUAACAGACAUUUCCUUCCUACAGCACCACUCUUGACUAGUUUUCAUAUAUAUGUAAAUAUUUAAAUAUACCAUAUUUAUAUACUGUUCCUAUCUCUUGUUAUAUUCACAGAUUGGAUAUAUAUAUAUAAAUGAUUUUAGCCUUCUAAAUAUAAUUUCUUGCAAGACAGAGUAUGGCUCCUGAUACUUUUUUAUAAAUAUGAAAGUGUUUUUCCCAUUUUUCUUACAUGUUUAUACUGGCCUUAUAUUUAAUAUAUAAUUUUAAUUUAGUAUAAAAGUUGAUAGUGUUUGAUUUUGAUUUAUCAGUUCAUUAAACUUUUUUUAACUCUACUUCAUAUACAUUUACUUCCCUAAAGAAGGGAAAUCCUCACUGGUUUGUAAAUAUACUUAAUAACUAGAGAUGUAUCACUCAGCAUUACUGAUGUUUCAUUCAGCAUAAUUUUAACAGCCAUGUGGAAGGAUUGUGCACCAUAAAGUUAAGUUUCAAGUCUAUGCUAAGUUUACAUAAUUUUUGUUUUGCUCUUUGAACACUACUUAAAUUCAUGAUGAUAUCUUUCCUCUAAAGGCAUUUAAAAUCUGUUCAUCAAGACAUCAUCAGCAUUGCACAUUUUUCCAACUAAAAAGUCUGUACACUUUUGAGUAAUUGUUCACUCUGACUCUAAUCAGUGAGCAUUGUUUGUCACUGUGAUUACUUUGGACCUUAGGGAAAAAGGCACAUGAACUGCCAACCAACUGCACUAUUUGGAACCUGCACUCAAUUGGAAAAUGUUGUGGAGUUUAAAUUAUGAUUUAUAAGAUAAUAAAAAUUGGGCAAAUAAACAGUAUCGGUUUGUUUA